CUCUGAACACUCCCACGCGGUAGGUGGCGCUAACCGCCUUCAAACAGCUCUGCAAACUUCCCGGUGGUGGAACCGUUGUACCUUAACUUUAGUUGGACUCUACGGACACAUUUCAGUGUAACUCAACGAUGGCAGCGCUGACGAAAAAGCAUGGAGAUGAUGCACAGCCUUUCUCUGACAACUCUGAUGACCAGAGAAAUUCUGAGGAAGGAAGCAACGAUGAAGGGUCUGUUGAUGAUGGAGAUGGUGGGGAGGGGAGUAAUGGGGAGGAGGAUGGAGAUGACAGUAAUGCAAAUGCUGGGUGGGCUGAGGCUAUGGCAAAGAUCCUUGGAAAGAAAACCCCCGAGAGUAGAAGCAGCAUCCUGGUGAAGAGCAAAGAGCUGGACAAGAUGAAGGGGUUGGAGAGACAGGAGCAGCUGGAGAGGAAGAAGCAGGUUGACAAGAAGCGAGCCUGGGAAAUGAUGUGCAGAGAGAAACCUGAUGUUGUGAAGGACCGCGACACUGAAAGAGCUCUGCAGAGAAUUGCUACAAGGGGGGUGGUGCAGCUGUUCAACGCAGUGAGGAAGCACCAGAAAACCAUCAAUAUCAAGGUGAAAGAAGUCGGUGGGUCAGAGAGGAAGAAGGCCAAGCUUCUUUCGUCUGUCACUAAGAAGGACUUCAUCGACGUGCUGAGGGGAACUGAGGGGGGCAGUGCCAGGAACAUGGCUGAAGACAUCACUGUGGAUUUAGCAGAGAAGCAGUCCUCCUGGAGUGUCCUCUCGGAUGACUUCAUGAUGGGAGCCACCAUGAAAGACUGGGACAAAGACAGUGACAGAGAGGAGGAUGACGCCGUGCAUACCGGCUGAAGAGACGGUGUACAGCCGGCUGUGACACCUCUAUGGAAAUUCUGUCAAUCAGAAACCCUGAUCUGCAGUGAGUGGAAUCUAGUAGCUAGUCUUGCCCCUGCAAGACAAACCGGAUGACUUGUUGGACCCGGAGGAGCUCCUCCACGAUACUUGAAUUAAUGUAAACUCUGUAAAUAAGACUGUUUUGAAUAAACAAUGAAUGAAAGGCCA